AUGGUUCCUUUGGAUCAGUCAAAAUUUCAGGUAUGUGCCUACUUUGUUAAAAAGUACUAUGUAGUUUUGUUACAAAAUUGCGUGAUUUUUCGUGAUGGUAUCAGAUCUUUGCCUGCAUAUGCAUGUCUGUAUAUUAUAGCCAUACUAAUCCUUGAUAAAUAUAUAAUUUGAGUCUUCGAAACAUUCUCGAAAUCGUACUAAAAAUUAUGCACUGAGUUUAAAUUGUUUAUGUUUUGUUUUGUUCUUUUUGGUUUUGUUUAACUAAAACAAGUCGUAUAUUAUCACAAUGAUGAAGAUACAGGCUUUACGAAUCGAAAUUAAAGCUUUGCAAAAGGGAAAUAAUGAAAUUGAAAUGAUGUCUUCACUGUUAAAUAUUCCAAUAAAAAUUGGUAACUUUUCCUUCACUCUCUUCUUUGUUGGCAUUAACACUUUCAUGAAAUGUUUCUGGUGAUAACUGCCAUCUGUUUCAUGUAAUAUUUUACAUUAUAUGCAAUAUUUUAAGGACCUUAACUCGUUGACCAGCCUUACCACAGGGUGCAGACGAAUUGUUAUACGUAUUUGUUGUAAAUGUAUGUGUUUUGGAUUUUUUUAUAGAUGCUGGUCAUUCUGUUUCUUCCCAUGGCUUGCACUUCAUUUCAACUUGGUAAGAAACAAUAUCAAUGAAUUUCGUGGUCACGGAUUUUGAAAAUAAAAGAUCUAUUUUGUCUCCCACCUUUUAGAUAGUAGGCUAAUGCUAUAUAGAACAUUGUGUCAUAUGCUAUUUAUCUAAUACUUUUUUAAACUAGCAAUUGAAUUUCACAGUUUCAGUGAUCCAAUGAUCAUCAAACAGGCAUUUGCUUCUUGAAAUGAGUCGGCCAGGAUUAAGUUUAUUUGACCCGGAAUAAGUUGUUGACUUAAUUAUUGAUUGAAUUUGGCUUUAAUAUGAUAGUUUUUGUCCAACCGUGGGUGGCUAAUUAGCCUAAUUGUAUUGCGUAGGACGACGCUAACGCUGCUUGUAGUCUUUAUCACAACGUCAUGAGUCCAGGCAUUCUCCGUCAUUUUUGUGUGGCAAACCACACAGGGAAAAUGACUAAUCUAAUAAGUGUCAAUUUAUAUUACAAUAUAACAAAAUUAAAUAAUGACUAAAUCCGAUAUAAUGCCAAUGGAAAAUUGCUAUAGAAUACAGUUAAUCACUAAGAGUAAGACGCUAUCAAGCGAAUUUGAAGGUGUAAAUUUAGUAAGAUAAAAACACUAACAGUACUUAAAGGGAAAUGGCAAUAUAAAUUUUUAUUUCUUCAUUUGAAAUAACUUUUGAAACUAUUUAAUAUUUUUUUCCGAUUCUUCAUAGCUUGCUUAGUUCUUGAAAUAUUUUCAUUUGAAGAAAUGAGAUGUCCGCCAUCUUGGAUACAUUUUUGAUCUCAUUAACGGUAGUUUUGGUGACGUUGCUGACCAAAUAUUGAUUGGUAGAUGUUUGAAAGGUUUUAAGUGAUCUUAAUAUUUCCAAGGGCAUGCAGAGUAUAAUUUUGAGUGCAAAAUGAUUGAUGAUCGUCGAGAUAAAAAUAUGGCAUGACCCUGUUGUGACGUAACAUGCAUAUCUACAAAAAUCCAAGAUAGCGGACAUUUCUUUCAAUUAAAAUAUUUGUAGAAGUAAGCAAGAUAUGAAAAAACGGUGAAAGAGUUUUUCCAGUAUGGUUUUAAAUGUUCUUUCAAACGAGAAAAUAAAAAAUAUAUAUUGCCAUUUCCCUUUAAGUACUUUAACUAAUAAUUGGUGGCUGUAUAUCAAUUCAUAACUGUUCUCAUAUGGCACAGAGGAGAGACAUACAGAGACAUAACUGGUGUACCCACUUUUUUGUGCGCAUGCUCGGCAAGUUACUAGAUGCAUGCAUCUGAUUGGAUGACGACUUGAUGACGACUCACUUUAAACUUGCUGAGUACGCGCAGUUGAUCAUUUUUCGCCCGGUCGCCUGAAAAAAAGUGGGUACAUGAUAACGUAAUCUUCCGCAGUGUUUACAACGGUCAGUUACGUCUAUGUAUGUCUCUACUCUGUGGUAGAGGUCCAGAUUCCUACUGAUCUAGCCAUACUGCAUGUAGGAAAAAGUCCGAGUAAACGCGUAGAAUUUUUUAUUCUUGUACUCGUGGUGCUUGAAGAGACAAUUAAACUGAACUGCACUCUUCUCUGAGGUGGAAAUAUGAUGCAGUAAACUACAUAUUGCAGGAUUGAAUAAAAUAGAUGAAAUAGCCACAGAGAUGAAAACUACUAGGCUGCAGGAACACUCAAAUAUAAAACUAGUUAUGUGAACUUAACUACUAUAAAUUUUAGUAUAAUAAUAAUAUAUAGAAUAAUACCGAUUUUAUAGUAUAUAGAAUAACACUGAAUUUUCUUUUAAAUUUUGGCAUUAUCGAGUUAAGAUAAAAUACAAAACAAUAGAUACUCCGAAAAUUGAAAGCAUUUUGAAAAAAAGUUAAGAUAAUGUUUUGUAUAUUGUAGACAAAGUGGAGUUGAAACAAAUUCCUGGUACCCUGUACAAUGAUCUAAAUUUAAAAGAUAAAGAACUCUUGGAUCAAUUAAAGAAAUACGAGAUUGUCUAUCCUCAAGAUGUUUCACCUAUAGCCAAUGAAUUCCCUGACUUUUAUGACUCGGUAGGUCGCGUAUGGAAUACAGUUGUGGUUGUCAUUUUCCAAUUUUUCUUUACGUCAUGUUGCUUAGGUUUGGUCAUCUAAUUUCUGAAUUUAUUUUGUUGGACCAGGUAUGAAAAGUAUAUGAAAAAAUAGAGAUAAUUCGUUUUUGAUGUUACAGGAUGAAAAAAUUGAGAGAAGUAUAUCUUUCGUGCAUAAUGGGAAAACGGUUGUCUUUGAUCUUGUGCCCAACAGGUGUGACUUUUUAUUUGUCAUUAUCGUGCAGCAAGUGUGGGACGACAGACAGUUAUCACUGUGAUAAUAUUUAACGGUCGGUGCCAGUGUUGGUAGAGGCAAUAACAAACAAAUGUGGUGUGAAUGAAAUAAUAUACAACUACCUGAAAAAUAUAAGCAAAACUUUGACGUUACGAAGUCCCCUGGUCAGGGAGUUAGUACGUGGAUUGGAAAAAUUACAUUUGCUUUAAUUUUACACUUGUGAAUAUGAAAGCGCUCACGUGACAAAAAUAAACCAAUCAAAUAGAUUUAGACAAAACACAUAUAAUGUAAAGUAAGAAUCUAAAUAAUAUUACAGAUUUACAGAAUAUAUUACCCGGUAUGAAAGUUCAAAAAUAGAGCUAAACAUGGGAAAACGUUCAUUAAAACCACAUGGAUAAACAGUGCCAAAUUUGGAAAUGAGGCUAUCUGUCAGAAUGAGAAAUGGAAGAGAGGGUUCAAAUUUUCAUGUCUGAAACACUGUGAUUGCCACUAUUGAAAUUUCUGGCAACUGGUUAGUUAGCGUUGUUGUCAAUGACGACACGCCAAUGUUCGGCAAAAGUUGUCCUCAAAAAUCUCAGUCUCAAUAUAAAGCAAACGCCUCCUACCAUCUCAUCUAUACUGUAUCUCUUCCAUGGGAAAACUGGAAGAUUUUUGAGAUAUGGUUGGUGAGCAUCAGGUUACUGUCAUUGCAAUUGACCUUUUGCCAGACAUUGCAAUAGUAGCAAUCAGCCAAUCACUGUCCCAUUUCUGGCAGCAAUGUCUCAUAUUCAAACUUGGCACUGGCCACCCCGAUGACAGACACUGACAGUUCUUUUAAUUCUCACCUUAUUCCAUACUUGCAUCAUAAUUGUUCCUAUAUUUUUUUAAUUUCUAUAUAUACUCUGUAAUAUAUUUUGAAAUUUACCUUUUUGGUUUACACUUUGUUUUUGUCAUAUUCAGUAUAGUUUUGUAGUGGUAAAUAAGCCAGGUGUUGAUCGCAAGCUUCUGUACGCUUACUGCAUGAAGCCCACCAAUAAACUCAUAACAUCUUCUAGAAUUUACACUAGAAAUACAUGCAUCCAGCAACCCCUCCAUCGCCUUUCUUAACAGAUAGAAUUUACAUUAUUACCAAGUUCUUACUAUAUAUAUUACCAUUGCAUGUGUAUACUAAACUACUAGUUGAAAACAUAUCCAAUUAUUUUCCAGAAACUUGGUCUCACAUCGAUAUAAGGAGAGAUAUUACCUUCCUGAUGGAAACACUGUGUUGAGAAAGGUUUGCACAACAAUUAUAAUUUCACUGCAUAUACAUGUUCUAUAGUAUAUCAAUGAUACAACAAUAGAACGACUAUCAACUUAUUUUACUCUAUAUAAUUGAUGUACUGAACUUCUUUUUUUAUUUUAAUGCCAACUACCCUAGUGGUUUCCAUCAAUAUAUUAUCUCGUAUCUUAGCGAACACACGAUUGCUUUUUUCAUGGUCAUGCAAGGAACGAAGAGAAUUCAAAUCUGGCUCUGACUACAUGUGAAGGUUUCCAGUAAGUUGACUUUUCUGCUCAAUUUGAUCUUAAAUUACUAAUUCAUGGUCUUAUACGCUGGCUGUACAGAUACACUAAUUCUAGCUUUCUUUUUCUUUCUGUAGUGGUUACUUCAGAAUAAAUGACGAGACGAUCUUUAUUCAACCGCUGUUUGACAAGAAUAAGAAGGUACUGUACUUAUAUGUAGUUGUCACAACAACAAAAAUUCGCCUCAGCCAUGGUGAGAACUGUGCUGUGUUUGAUGUGAAAAUAUAUUGAUAAUUUAUAUCAUUUUUAGAGCGUUGCUCACAUCGUCUAUACUCCUAAUGAUAUUAUGGGUGAUGAAUUUAAAUGCGGUAAGUUAUUAUAUUGAUCAGAAUUAAAACAACAUUUUACCAUAGUAUACAUAACAAUACGAUAGUCGAUACCAUACGAUGUUCACAUAAUUUAUUGUACCAUACCCGUACCAUAGUCCAUGCUGUAGCUUGCAAUAUCAUGCGGUAUAUAUAGUAUCAUAUCAUACCAUACCAAAGCAUACCAUGCUUUUCUAUAGGGACCGGUCAUUAAUAAUGGGAGGGGGGCGGCUUCAAGUGUUUUUGCUUGAAUUGGGGGCGGCCUCAAACCGAAAAAUAUGUGCCAAGGAGCGACCCCAAUUUUUUAAUACUUUCCUCUCUCACCUUUAUCGUAUCCCACCGGCAAAAUGUUUCACUUUUUUUAGUUCCUAUAAUCGUAGUUUCCAUAUUGUAUUACGUAUAUGCAGUUCACCAUAGGAGUCGGAGUAAAUAGCAACCAUUUGGAAUACUGGUCCUCUAAUUAUUUAGGUUACACAAUGUCUUACACCAGUACUUAUCCAUUACCUAUUUUACACCAAAAAAUGUAACGAAUUAAAUGUUGGAGGGGGGAGUCCUAAAUUUUCUAGAUGAAGGUGGGGGCGUCUUGAAAAUAUAGGUCUUGCAAUUGGGGCUCCUCUAAAAAAUGUUCAAUAUUUGGUAUUUAUCACCCACCGCCCAUCCCCCAUUAUUAAUGACCGGUUACCUAUAACUAAUAAUACACAUGAAAAAUCUCACAAUUCUGAUCGGCUAAGAGCAGUGCAAUGUUUUCGAAAUACAGUGCCAAAAAUGAAAUACAGUGCAAAAAAAAGAAAUGCAGUGCAAAUUUCUUAAUUUUUCUUAAUUUUUUUAUUUUUCAAAUUUCUUAAUUUCUUAAUUUCUUGAUUGUCACUCGUUCAUGUUUUUUCCAAAUUGCAUACGAGGCCUUACUAUUACCUAUACAAACCUUACCUUUCCAAAUUAUAUACUAUACCAAGCCGACCCAAAUCAUAUCAUACCAUAUAUCAUUCAUAUCGUACCAACGUACAAUACCACACAAUACCAUAUUGCACCACAAAAUAUCAUGCAAUGUAACAAAAUAGUGAAAUAUAUUAGAAUGUUUGUAGUAAAGUGCUCAUUACUUACAACAAUUUAAUCACAUUUAUUUUCAGGGAACCAUGAAGGAAAUGAAACAGAAACUGACCACGACUACGACUUCUUGAAUCAAUUUCCUGUAUAUGAACACCAUAGAGUAAGACUUCAAUUAUGAAAAAUAUUUCUGUUUUGAAAUAUGUUGUCCAUAGUUGUGAAAUAUGUUGUCACAGAAGAAUGUGAGAGAAAAGUUCUCCCAGUUUAAUUGACCCAAACAAUUUAUUCAUGUGGUAUAAGACUAUAUCCACAUCAGUUUAGAAUUAGUGGAACUUUUCAACUCUCUGGUAAAGUUGGUGCGAUGGCAAUUGUGGAGAAACACGCUUGUCUUGUAUUUUUUCCAGGCUCGUCGUGAUCUCCUCACAGAAACUAAAUAUGUCGAACUGAUCUUGGUAAAUGACUAUAGCCAGGUAACAAUUAACCAGACUCUGUUAUAUGUUGGAUUGUCAGAUAUACAGGACUUAACCUAACUUGAUUAUCUUAACUGCAAUAUCCAUACUAAUAACCACAUCUUAAAUACAGUGAUUCAGAAUUACCCUGAACUUUUCAUUAUCUGUACAGGCCUGGCCCUAAUCGAAAUCGUACUCUUGAGCUGAUCCUAACCCCAAUCCUUUUCCUAACCCAAUUCUAACCCUUACUCUUACCCUAAUUCCCAUCUUUACCCUGAUCGCAUUCCUAUAGCACAGCAUUAGUCAAGGAAGCCGACAAUUUUAAUAAUAAGAUUCAAUCACUUCCUAUCUUCUUUUCAGUUCGUAAGUUACGGAAGCGAUAUUGCCCAAACCAAACUCAGAGCUAUUAGCAUAGCUAAUGUCGUUGAUUCGGUGAGUAUUCGGUGACUAUUUGAUCAUUCCUACCACUAUGUUCCUACAUAUACUUAACAUUAUAAAUGCACGAGAAUAAAUUCAUAUUUUUAGAUAUACAAAGUGCAUAAUAUCCGUAUUGCUUUGGUGAUGGUUGAAACGUGGACAAAUGGAAAUUUGAUACCAGUGGUCAGCAAUUCCACUACAACACUGGCUAAUUUCAGAAGUUACAAAAACAAUGUUUUGGAUAUUAACGAAGAAACAAAGAAUCAUGAUAAUGCUCAUUUGCUAACGUAUGUGAUUAUAUGAUCAUAUUUAGCCGGUGUUUAGUUAAUAGUAUAGAGAGAGGAAUAAAUCUUCAUGUUAACCGUCAGCGUAACGGCCUUGACAGACUGUGAUAGUCAAUGUAAACAUAGCAAGAUUCGAUCCCCAUAUAUACUUGAAGUCCCCUAAAAGUCUAGUAACCACGGACACCCUCUCUCUCGUUGCUCGAUCUAGUUUAUGUAGGACAAGGAAAUGUAGUACCUAGUCCUAGAGAAUUGAUUGAUUGAUUGAUUGAUUGAUUGAUUGACUUUAUUGACACUCCCCUAAAGGGGCUUUUCAGUGACAAAAAUAUAUAUACAUAUCAAUUAAUUACUAUAAGUGUACAUCGGGUCCUAAAUUCAUAUAAUAAGAUCACUUAGAUCACGCAAUUACUUUAUACACAAACACGGCAUCAAAUUCUUGACAACAAGAUUAACAACAGCAGCAUACAACAUACAUCAACAUCAUCAACAACAACGACAGCAAAAACGACAACAACAACAACAUCAACGACAAUAACAACGACAACAGAAAAACAUGCUUAAGCUAACUAUCUAGAAAUUGCUGAAGCAGUUCCCGUUUCAGUUUAAUUUUAAAGCUUGGAAUAGAAAAAAAAAAGAAAAAAGAAAACUCUCGAGAAAACUCUCGACACAAUCUUACUCUUCUCUGCACACUCAGUCGCGGUACUGUUGGAACAUAACAGUUAAAUUAAACAUAUUCAGUAUUAUACAGACUAUAGUGCCAAACAUAACGCACGCAAGAACGCCAUGCAUAUAGGCAGAAAUAUAUAUAAAGUUUCAUUAAUGCGUAUUAAACAGUAGGUGCAUGAUGGUUAAACUGGUUAACCUUUUCUCCACAACUAAAUCUAUAAGCAGACUCCUAUAAGGACUAGACAAAGGGACAUCAAUGAAACCACAAACAAUAGUGGUGACAAAUAUUCUGCCUGAAAUAUCCCUUUCCUGGUGUUAAGUUAUCUCCAUAAGAAUGUCAUUCUCCACUUCUUCAUGCUGUAAAUUAGAACUGUCUAAUGUUAUCGACACUAGCAAACAUUUGUAAAUACUCUAUAUAAGAGUGGGAUUUGAUUUAUAGUACUGACCUAAAAACUAAAAGAGCUAUUACACUUAAACAAGAUUAAUAAUGUUUUUCUUAAAUUUUGAUAUACGCCAUGUGUAUUUUUAUGCAAUAUUGACCGAGAUACAGUGGUUGUCGAGUUGAAAGUGUCGAGAAUUGGCCGAAAACGGCCUAUCAAAUAUUAGUACAGCAAUAAUCUGUGUUUAUAUACACACAGUCAGAAAGUACACGUUCGUUUUCAGAGACCUGCCCAACGCCGCCGGUAUAACCUCACGAACAUUAUAUUUACCCUUGCAUAUUCUAAACAAAUCGAAACUCUUUGGUCCUUCGUUAAACGAGGAAUAUUUAUAAAAAAAAACACGCGACGUGCAAAGCCAAUCUAUCAUGCGAACUAAUAAAAUUCUUCAACCAAAAUCCCUGUACUAGGUCUGGUCCUGUGCUAUCCAUGCAGUUAUGCAUCUCUUACUAUGUUUUCCGACAUUGCUCCAAUAUCUCUCCAAAACUCCUUAGCUUCCCCACUAUCUGGUGCGACACUGCGUUCCUGUACUCCACUCAAUUCUUGGUAAAAUCUAGCCUGGUAUGUUGCACUAUUCUAUCUGAAUUGUUAUAUUUUAUUCUUAUAUCGUUUUAACUUGAGAGCCCUUGCUGUAAUUCUCUGCCUAUAAGUUCCUCCUUGACUGCUCCCAUUCCUUUCUGCUUCAAACAGUAUUUUCUCUGCAGGCUACCCAUAACCUUUCUUUUCAUCUUUGCCUUCUGUUAAUGAAUCUCCUUAAUUUUACUUUCAAUUCGCCUUUUUUCCGAUAUGGGUUCGUAGGCUAACACCAAGCCUUUCAGUUAUUACCAGCACAGCAUUUGGGACCAGUUAUAUUAUCAGGAGUUUUUUUCCUUUAAUACACUAUCAACUUUGUUAACCUCUACUAAAAUUUUCUGUCUACUAAAUACCUUUCAUUUCAAUGUUGGUAAUCUCUUCCAUUCAACUUAAUUCAAUCUAUCUGCUAUUAAUUGAUCUUCAUCUGACAAAUUCUCUCCAAAACUAACUAUAUAUUUCCUCCUCCCCUGUUUCCUCAACCACGUGUUGACUUUCUUCUUCUCGUUUUUUGUUCACCUAUGUUAUUCCUAGUCAGCACAAUCCUCUUUAUUUCCUCUAUUGCUACCAAUGAUAACCACCCUUUCUGUUCUAUUUGCUUCAUUUGAUCUAUUAGUUCUGUUCAUAUACAAUAAACAUGCAUUCUAUCUCUUUUUAUAGCCUAUAAUUUCUGGCUGGCUCCUUAUAUAAGAUUUAUAAACUACUCUAUUCUCUUCCAAGCUCCAUACCUUCCUCUGUCUAAGUCUUUCAGGGAGCAGUAUAGCACAGAUCAACAGCCAAGCGAGAGCCCAUCAUCUGAAAGGUGGAUUCAUUCACGUUGUAUUCUGAACUUAUCAUACCCCGAUGGAAGUCAUCCCAGAAUUUCUACAUUUCGGGGGGUAUUAUUAUUAUUUACUAAACUUUGUGUAAACACGGUACUAUUUCACAAAAAUAUUUACAUAACAAAAAGCAGAGAUCUUCCAAUAAGUCGCCUGCUUCACUAGCAAAAUGGCGGUUCGCACAUGCGUAAAAAUAUCUCAGGAAAACUUUCUGACGAGUGAGACAUCUGAUUUAUUCCAAAUCUGUGUUGUAUAAGGUCGGAGGAGUGUCCCUGUCUGGGUCAUUUCUUUACUCUGGUACAAAUCAACAUAUUAUACAAACACAAGCAUUGUUUUUAACGCGCCGAGACAACUUUUUUCCGGGAUAAAGAGUUACCCGGGACAAAAUGUUGUCCCGAGUUCAUGUGAACAGGGUUUUUCGGCUCUUUUCCGCUCAAGGGUGGACUUGCAAGCUCGUUGCGAGCACUUUCAUCCAAUCACAGUGCUCACAACUUUCAUCCAAAUCCAGCGGGUUUGCGCUGGUUUUUUGUGAUGAGUGGAGGGUAACGUUACAUAAUUAAGGACAAACGUCAGGUUAAUUAAGAAAUAUUUGACUACAUAAUAUUUUUUUCUACCAAAGCAAAGACUGUUUCGCGACCGAUGCAAGCCAGUGUUAACGUCCGUCUUUAUUAUAGAGAAAUGAGGUAUGACCAGAACGUAAUUGGGAAGGCAUAUAUUAGAACAAUCUGUUCUCCAGAUUUGUCUGUUGGUAUUAAUGCGGUGAGUACACGGAGACUGGUUUGCUGAUUCAUAUGAGUUAUGUAGACAAACAGUAAAUAAUUUGAAAUUAACAUGUUCUCCAACGUUUACUGAAGACAGAUCAAUUAUCUGACGAACCAGGUAGAACAUUGCAAUAAAUCCUCAAAUAAUGUGGGCCGCUUUAUAAGUACUACAAUGUUCUUAUUUCUAUCAGGAUUACAAUUCUAAUUCGGCAUUCACCGGUGCUCUCAUGGCGCAUGAAAUGGGACAUAACUUUGGUUUGCAACAUGAUGAUGGUAAAUAUAAAUUAAUUAAUCCAUAACGCGGUUGUUGAUCUGGUACCACUCUUGUUUAUAGGUCAAUAUGAAGAGUACAGCUUUAAACGAACGAGUUUGUGUAGCGAACAAGUUAUUCUAGCGACGUUUUAAUUGACAAUGGUUAAAUAGUUUAAUAAUUUAUAUAGUUGAAAUCGUUACAAGUGAACGAAAUAUGAUUACAGAGAUAAUUGUUUGAUACUUACAGGCUCACAGCAAAAACACUGAAGCAAUCAAAACAUAUUUCUUACCGAUUACGUAUUUCUUUAUCAGUUACGUUUUUGCUUGAAUCCAUUUCCCAAACAAAUGGGUUUUUCUUUAGUAUACACUUUAGUUCAUGUAUACGGUUUAUUAGCAGCCAAGAUAAAAUUCCACUUUGGCAACUUUGUUCCUAUCAAAGCCAACACGCGGUGUGACAGGCGAAACAUGCUAAGAAAAUUAUUUUCACCAGCAGCAUUCCAACCUUAGUUGAAAUUGGGUGAUUGGCAAAUUAAUUCACUGUUAAUCUUUUCACACCUUUGUAUUACCAUUUGUAUGUUAUCAAUUUAAAAAAUUAUUUUCUUCAUUGUACCGGUAGUUAAAAGUUACGCACAGCGACGCACAUCUAAUCUUAGUGAAAACUGAUUUUCUUAACGAUAAUCCAGUCUUUCUGAAAAAUUAGCCACGCAUGGGAGGCUUAAAUUAAAAUCGGGAGGUAAAUCUAGAAAUCGGAGUAGCCUGGUUGGAAUGUCUGCACCAGAGCUCGUAUUCUUUCGUUUUUGAGAGCUCGUAAACUUAAUACCCUGGUUUUAACACGUGACAAAAUGUACUUUCAGCAGCAAUACCAUCAUGUUAAUAAAUAAUUUUUGUUUUACAAAGAUUGCUUAUCGUGUCCUUCUGGUAGGUGUGUGAUGAACGCCGUUAUAAGGUGACAUGUUUUACUAUCAUAAUUUAGAAACAUCAUGGUCAUCCGUGGUGCAUGGAGAUAUACGUCACGGUUGCAUGUUGUUUAUACACUCGUCGGCCUAAGAAAUGGGGAUGAUAUAUUCUUGAAAUCAGUACCAAGAUCGUCACAGCACUAUGUAGCAAUUUUUGGCCAUGUAUUGUAUAUAUAAUGGCGUGUUAGGCUAUAUAGUCAUCGCUUUCAAAUAGAUGACGAGAGGUUUUGGUCGACAGUUUUUCUAUAUAAAACAUUGUCGAUGAAUUGAAAGAGAAUUUAUUACCAUUCAUCAACACUCUAACCUGCCGACAAUUGAACUAGCCUGAUAUGGAGCUAUAGUGCAGUCGAAUUCGAAAACGGAUCAAUACACCCUUCCGGGAAUACGUCACCUUGGCUAUAGACCCUCGGUUUCGUGUACGUGGACGCAAUCGCGAGAACCACUAGGCUCUAUAGCCAAAGUAUAACGUACUUUCUGGAAGCGUGUAUUUCAGACGAGUACUCGACGUUCUCUUGCCUAGAGAAACGAUCUUUUCUAUAAGCGACUGAACAGCAAAGGAUUCCGACAUAUCAAAUUUGGCAGAGAUUUUGAAUCUUGGCCCUUUUGUCAGAAGUGUUUGUAAGAAGAAACAGCAAAGACGCUGCUUUGUUGUUUCACCAUAACAGCAGUGUGUUUAUCACAUCUUCCUAGUUCCUACUAAUUUCCCUGACGAAUUAGGACCUGACUCAAAACGUUGAAAUGCCCCAUCUUAUCAGGGGCGCACAUUCAAAAAAAGUUUGGGGGGUGUCUAUGUUCUGGGACCGACUUUUGUAGUAUUUUUGUUUGAUAAGAAAAGCCAACUAUUUAAAGAGUUUAAAUAAACGUUCAGUUUUCAGAACUUCUGCAGUGGUCUAAAUUUUGGGAGUCCAACAAUUUUAUGGAUUUCAAAUGCGAGCGCCCAAGGCGCGAGGAAAAUUUUGAAUUUCUAGAUUCAAUAGAACGCUAUUUCACGUAUUUUAGGACGAGGUUUGAAGAAAAGGUACUAUCGCAAAAAGGCAUUUUUACAGUGAAAAUACAAAGAGUGUGCCACUUCCGCUUCUGUAGUUUGUUGUGAUUUACUGUAAUUUGUUCUGUUUUUUCUGUAGCGAUUACCGAUUUAUCGGCAAAUACUACGAUAAAAUAUAAAUUUCGUUCCUUUUAUGCAAUGCAACGAAAAAUGUAUUAUUUCUCUUUGCUACAAAUUAUCAUAUUUAAAAAUAGAAAAAACUAAGUUUUAUCGUAAAACAGAGCAAAUUACAGUAAAUCACAACAAACUACAGAAGCAGAAGUGGGACACUUUUUGUAUUUUCACUGUAAGUCGCCUAAUUGUUGUUAGAUCGAAAAAAUAUUUAUGUAAAACAUUCUACUCGACACGCAAAUACAACAGCAAAAUAGCACGAUGUCUUCCUUUUGUACAAGUUCAAAUGUGUUUUCAACAACCAUAGGCAUUGUUUACUGGAGUUGGGAUUCUAGAUAGGGAAGACUACAACUUUUAUUGGUAAACAGAAGAGAUGGGUAUCAUUAUUCACACAUCGUACCCACCCAACAAUUUCUCCCGGCUUUCAGCUUUUCACAAGCGCAGUCCUUCCGCCCAUUUGCAGGGUCCCCCGAGCCCCCCCCCCUCUUGGCUACGCAGCUGAACUUCUGCCUUUCAAAGUUUCAGACUUUCAGUUUGUGCGACAAGACUAACAAUGCGCCUUUUAACUGCACCGCGGGGGCUUGAGGUAAUCUGAUCGCAUUACGUGGGCUGAACUGUCGAAAAUUGAUUAUUUGCUGCUAGUAUAAUAUGAUUGAUCUCUUGGUUUGUGUAUGUGUUUUUGUCAUUUUUAGGCAAUUUUCAUUUCCAAAAUGUCCACCUAUUUCUUUUUUUCGACACAAAAUGAUGUCUUUCAGAUUUUAGCCGGACUUUUUUUGUCCCAUUCAGCUUUCGGGACCGACUUUUUAGAUACAUUCCACAAAACAUGGGGGUGUCACACCCCCCACACCCCCCUAAUGUGCGCCCCUGCAUCUUAUUCAGUAUUUCAGGCUGACGAGUGUCAUGCAAUAAAGUCUGCUUUUCCAGUCAUGCGUUUUAUAUGACGUGUAUGCAGUAUGAUAUGCAGCAUGUACACACAAGGAAAAGUUAAAAUCCAUUUAUAAUGAUACUCAUGAAAUAAUCAAAUGAAAGUUUCCAUACGAUUUAUAGUGUAUAAUUGUUAAAGAUUUUGUUGAAUAUAAAUCUUAGAAGUUUUUUCUGUGCGUAUCAACGUAUAUGACUGGAAAGCAAGCUUUUCUCCUAUUUUAACAUUAAAUUUUCUAGUUUUCAAAGAAAACAGAGUAACUUUCAUAACUUAAUUAUUGUAUAACAUUUUCUAUUUUUAGGUCUAUACCACCAGAGGAUUUCUCCCAAUGUAGCAUAAAUGAUCUAGAGACCUUACUUUUAAGAAAUAUUGGACAUUGUCUGUUUAAUCAACCAACAAAAGUACGUUGAAAAAAUACUGCAUUUAUGAAUACUCUCUUUUUGCUUCCCAGUUUACUUGGAUACAGAGACGGAUCUAGCAUCAUAUGCAAGGAGGGGUGCAGGUUUUCCAUGGAUUGGUGCAUAAGGGAUCCUUAUACAGCCCGGUGCAGUCUGGAACGCUAUUUUCCCAGAAUUAGUAUUACCUGAUUAUUUGAGAUCGCCGAAUCUGCAUCACCAACCUCGACAUGUUUAGAUAUUUAGCCAUGAUAUUUAACUAAAGCACUCUGAGUAUUUCUCGCGAGCUCACAAAUGAAUUAAAUCGUUUCAAAUCGGCACGCGCUAACAGUAGAAUUUCCGCUAAUCGCUAUUCAAAAAGCAGGAAAUAAAUGGUCAAGCAGAUUUUUUAGCGUGGUGCAGGACUUCUCUAGGGAGGUGUUGCACGGAGAUGAAAGUUGGCUAUUUCUACAAGAAAAAAUUAACAUAUAUGGUAAUAAUUAAACAGUGAUGGUUUCUAGCCUACUAAUUUGCCUUUAGGGAAAUUUAUAAUAACCAAUAUAAUGGUAACCAUGAAUGUUUCAGUAACUAUAUGAAUGGUUUCGAUAUGGUAAAUAUAAAUAUUAAAAUUGAAAAAAAACUCUCCAAAAUCCACUAAUUGGAAAAUUAGAUUUUUUCCUAUGUUAUGCAGUUGUAUGAUGAUAAUUUCGUCUCAAUCGUAUGUUAAAAAUCUUUCCGGUUAUAUAUUUUUUAGUCCUUUUAGUUUUUCAGGGUUGCGUAAUCAGGUCCACGGUUGAAUUCUAUAGUUGAAUGAAUAGUGUACAUUAAUACUGGAUGUUUCUAGUUCUACUGGAUCUCUAUAAAUAGGGAAAACAGAUAAACAGCUUGUGGCAGAGGUGUCCAACAUAAUCUCACAUUCCUAAUGAGUUCUGUUCUAUUAUUUUACUUCAGUUGGCAAUACCCGUAGCCUGUGGCAAUGGUUUUCUGGAGGAUGGAGAAGAAUGCGACUGUGGUGCACAAGAGGUGACUUAGUACUGAUUUUCAGUAAAAAUAACAUUUUAUCAAAAGCGACACCAUGCAUCAGGAAAUUGUAAUGCAUUGCGCUCCGUCCAGAUUCCAGAGCACUGGACCAGGAAAAUCAAAGGUUUUUAGGAAUGCUGCGUAUAGUUAAGUCCUGUGGACGAAAUUACGAAAAUGAAUGUUAUUCAGUUUGGUUGGAAAUAACAGAGAGUAGUUGCUAUAACGAAAAUGAUAAAACCAUAUAAACAACGUAAUUACGAGCUACCUCAGUGCUAGAUCAGUGGAUAUAUAUUAUGGAGUACUACAAUACUAAUUUGGUAUUUGACAAUAUUUUUCAGGACUGUGAACGAAUUGGCGACACAUGCUGCAAUUAUACUUCAUGUACGCUGAAUGAAGGAGCACAAUGCGCAGGCGGGGCUUGCUGCAGUGACUGUCAGGUAAGGAGUAGUAAGUACUGUGAUCAACAAAAUUAUGCCUUUACAAAAAACUUUAUUAACUAUUUUGGUUUUUUCCAUGUAGUUUAUCGCCAGAGGAACAGCUUGCCGUGAUGCUGUAAACUUGUGCGAUGUUUCAGAGUAUUGCGAUGGGACUAGUGAAGUGGUAAGUGUAGAUGCGUUACGAUGGUACAUUGUGAAAAUUUCACUUAUUUAAUUUAAGUUUGGUAUACACUACCAGUCCCAUCGGCGUUCUCGUCCGAUAAAUGAUGAGAUAAUGCCGGGUUGCAUCGUGGUUGCAUGUACAGAUGGUGCACAUGCAUGUCAUGUAAUUUUUAUAAACAAUUUAAUUAACAAAUAGAUAAGAUUUUGCCGUUGCUUGUUCAGUAUAGAUACAUAGUAUGACGACAUAAUGUGGGAAGAACAAAAGGUCGUCACGAGCCGCCGAGGCGAGUGGGUCACAUUUGUGUUCUUCUCCCAUUAGGAUGUCUGACUCAUACUGUGUAUCUGUAACUGAACACACAACGGCAAAAUCGUAUCUAUUUGUUUUAUAUAAUAAAAUGAAGAACGUCGAAUUAAACAGGUAAAUAGAUUACUUUUUAUCUACCCAAACAUUUGCAAAUUUGAAAAAGUCGAAAUUUUACAAAUAUCACGCGUACAUGAUCUAUACAAAUAAGGUAAUGCUAUUGGCUACCUUAAGUUACGUCAUGUGUGACGUAAUUUCGUGCGUCUGUCCAAAGCGCUGGAAUUGCUAACGUUAUUAUAUAAUUAAUCAUACUUUAGUGUCCUGCUGAUCUGGUGACAGUGAAUGGCUUAUCCUGUAAUAAUGAUAGGGUGAGAUAUAAGCUUACAAUUGUUAUUUUCUGAGCCUGUCAAUAUUUUUUACUUUUAUUUAUGGGAGCGCUUCGAUCACUGAUGAUAAUGGUCAACUACAGAAUUGUUAUUUACUGGAAUAGUAAAACUCAAUACUUUACUCAAUACUUUAUAACUUCUAAAUUUUCUUUAUAACUUUUCUAGGGAUAUUGUCAUGAAGGAGAAUGUGGAACGUAUGAUGAACAAUGUAAUGAACUGUGGGUUGAAAGUAUGUACCUAGUUUCAAUUUAAUAUUUUUUUCCUUAACUUGAUAAGGUUUACGUGCUUUAUAAAUUCGCUUAGGCUGCGGUCUCGUAUCAUUCACGAACGUCGAACGUUUCGAUAGUUCAGUCUAGUGUCAUGUUUGAAAUGCUGCAUUGAAUAGAGACAAAAUUACUAUUUUGUGCAAGAAUAUAUUUACCUUCCUGAGUGAUGAUAUCAUGCAUCUUUGUAUAAAAACACUGGAACGGAAUUUUAAAAGAAUGAACUACAUUCUGUUUGAUGUUAUGCCUGGUUCUGAACUCACAACCUUCAACUGAUUUGAAAUGUAUUUUCUGAUAAAGGUGCUUUUAAAGCCGAUGAUCGUUGCUAUGCGACGUUCAACCUACUUAAUGAUGUGCAUGGUUACUGCAAAAGAACAUCAAGAACUACAUAUAUGGCUUGUGUACCAGAGUAAGUGCGGUUCACAUUUCAUCUACAUUUCACCAUUUAUCGUAUACUACAAUUAAUCCAUAUCAAUAUACAACUCAACAAUGGUAACUCAGGAAAUGAACAUUUUUUAAUCAGAGCCAUCACCAUCAGGGAUGAUGCUAGGUUUCAAAAUAAGGAUACUAAUUUUGUAAGUAAAGAUACAUACAUCAUAUGGAAGGAUAGUAAAAACAUUCAUUUUGGAAGUUACCAUUGUUUUCCAUUUUGUAAAAUACUCAGUUGUUCCAGUAAUGUACAUCUUACUUAAUACACAAUCGUAUAAAAUUAUUUAAAAUUGUUAAUUUAGUAAUUUUGUUGUUCAAUUAAUAUAAACAUAUCUUGACGUCGUACAACCGCCAAGAUAUAGUGGUGCUCACGGAUGACUCUAUACUACUCUAAUGUUUUACAGGAAUGUUCAGUGUGGUAAAUUAUGGUGCAAUGGUAAUACCACCACAAUAACACCAAAAAAUUUUGGCUUCGGUUAUCGUAGGACUACAGGUACUUUAAACAGCGGAGCAAUCACUUGUUGGUAAGUUCCAUAUAAUCAAAGAAAAACUAAUAUUAUUCUAUAGCUAGUAUCGCGAAUAAUUGUUAUGUAAAUCCCGUUUUCCACUUCAACCGUAUCGUAACAUUAUCUUUUAUGUCACAGUCAUUAGUUUUACUCCGUUUCGCUCAGGAAACAAAGAAAUACGUUACACUUUGGUACGAUACGGUUGAAGAGAAAAGGCAUUAUUGUUUUGAAUAUAGAUAGGUCCAAGUUAUGUGGAGUAAGUGGUCGUCAUCCUCAGAAAUGUUGACUUACAUGAGUAACAAAAUAAUUUUGCCCUCUCAAUUUCCCCAUAUGGACCGACGCUGCCGGUAAAUAACGUGCGGUUUAUUUUCUAGCAGAUGUAAAAUUAAAUUCCAGUGUUGCGAAAUGAGUUGAGAUCAGUGCUAGUGUUUGUUUUAUGACGAGGCUGGCAAAAUUUGAAAAGUUGAACAAGAUAAACACGAAUGCCAAAACUCGAGAAAACUGGCAAAGGGAGGGGGGAGUGAGAAGGAGAGGAAGUAUAAGUUUUUUCUGGACAUAUCCAAAAAAGCUUCAAAAAAAUUUUUCCCGACAAACACCACUAAAAUUAACUAAUCUUAUAAGGUUCAAAAAAAUUUCCGUACAAAUACCUGUAAAAUCACAACUAAAACACAUUUUUGGGAACAAUACCAGUAAAAUUAAGGUUUAAAUGGUUUCUCUCAUACCAUAAAUUUUUUAAAAAACAUUCCAAAUAUUUUUUUUACUUACACCUUUCGGGCCCCCCUUUUGAACAUUUUGGGGGCCCUUUAUCAGGGGGCCCGGGGCAAAUUGCCCCGUCCCCCCCUCUGGGCGGCCCUGAAUACUUAUAAACUUUGGGAAAUUUAAAAGAAUAGGUCAAAAUUUUCAGUUGCCCUCACCUAACUUGCAGGACUACAGCAGCCACCAAGCCACAGACUUCUACAACCGCUAUACUGCUACUUUUUACUUGCUCUUUGUGCAUCUGAUUGGUUAGGGACGGACCAUUAGAUAUUUGAGGGGAGGGGGGGCAAUUUUUCUGUGCACGAAUUUUUUUUCAUGCCCCAAUUGCUUGCAAGAAUUUUUUUUCGACAACAUUCCUUUGCACGAUAUUUUUUUAGGUGACCUAAAAAAUUUUUCAGCCCUUGUUCUUGCUCGAUUUUUUUUUCAAUAGGUUUGUUGUGCACGAUAUUUUUUUCUGGAUUUUUUCUGUGCGCGAAUUUUUUUUGAUAUUUGCCCCCCCCCCCCUCAAAUAUCUAAUGGUCCGUCCCUUAAUCGAAUAGAUUUCACGCAUCUGAUUAGUUAAUGGUCCCUUUAACGCAUCUGAUUAGUUAAUGGUCCCUUUAUGGUAGCGCGGAAGUGGAAGUCAAAUCUGAACGAUAGGUUUGUGCAUGUUCACUUGCUUUGCCGAUCAAGAACACAUAACACAUGGUAAGCUUUUUUUUCUCGUCGAUCGUUUUACGAUAAUACCAUAGGCCUACUUUAAAUGUCAAUACCUGAAACAGCCUCCCUCCCAGACGUCAUAUUGACGUCGUUUUCGCUGAGAUUGAUGAACAAAUUGUUUGCAACAAGAAAAAAUGUGGUUGUGGCCUACGUGUUCAAGGAACAUCUUUCAAGUAUGUGUUGCUAAGGCGAUCGGAUAAACAGAUCAUUUUAAUCAGUUCGCCUUCUUUAUUGUUUUCUUGAGUGGAAAAGUGGUCAAAACGAAGGGUUUUCUAUCGUGUCAUUUUAGCAUUUUGUCAGCCAUCACAACUGAUAUCAAAUCUAAUUCGCACAUUGGAAUUUUUUAGUAAUACGUUAUUUACCGUCAAGCUUGGCUCGUGCUUCCCUCGGUCUUGGAAGCAGCACGAGACCAAAGAUCGAGGUAUACACUUCUGCUGAGACAACAGGAAAAUAUUUUCCGGCACGGAACACCCACCAGAUAAAUAAUAUAUAUUUGUUAUAUAGCUAGUGUUGAAACAAAAUGUGAUUGGCUGAUUUGUAGUCACGUGGAUUCACAUAAAUGCAAUGUAUCCAGCCGGGCAACAAGUAAAACUAAAUUUUUGCUCGCUCAGAAAGCUCGGGAAGAAACAAAACCAUUUCCCUCGGGAGCGGACAUUAAGUGUAUAUUAUUCUCUCACUGCUCGAAACUGCUUGAAAUCCAUCCAGUGGUGAUUGUCGGAUUGCGAAAUAACACAUGAAACUCACAAGCCUUCCUAAUGUAAUAAAGGACUGAUCUAACUACUUCAAAUUUCGACGUUUUGAGUGAAGGUCUUUCAUUCUCUUCAUAUAUUUUCCAGACAAGUAAAUUAUUAAACCAAAACUGUAUGUGCUCUAAAUUGAUCUCUUAAGGUCUGCACAGAUCUACCAGGCUCCAGGUUUACUAGAACGGGCUACUGUAUUAGAUGGAACAAAAUGUGGGAAUGAAAUGGUUAGUAUGGCUUUUAUAACUUUUGCAAAUUGGGAUUCAAUGUUCAAAAGUGAAUGUAAAACAUCAUUCUGCAUUUUUAUGCAGAAUAUACCAAUGAAAGAAUCUCACUAACCCGCUUUCUUUUUGUUUAGGUCUGUCAAAACAACGAGUGUGUGUCACUUUCAGUUGCUUAUGCUGGACAACCAACAUGCACGAACGACUGUAACGGAAAUGGGGUAAAUUUUUAAAUUUUUAAGGCUUUGAUUUCAUCAGUUCUAUAUUUUUUGGAGAUAAUCGUUGAAACUUAUAGUUAUAUGAGUUUCCCAAGAUUAUCCAUUAUGACCAAAUGUUAUAUAUAGACUUAGCUUUUCUAUGCCUCUUAUAGUCUUAUUUUUUCCUUCUUGUGUCAUUUCACUCUCUUUCUGAAUAGGUCUGCAAUGAAAACGGCAACUGUCAUUGUAACCCAGGAUGGAAAUGUCCUGAUUGUUCGGAAGAAUACAAUGGUCCAGGAGGAAGCACUGACAGUGGUCUUAAUUGUGAGGCUGUUACAACAACAGCGGCAACAACAACUGAAGCAGUAACAACUGAAGCAACAACCACUGAAGCCUCAACAACAACUGAAGCCUCGACUAAAGCAACCACAACAACAACUGAGCAUGAAGCCUCAACAUCUGCAGAACCACCAACAACUGAAGCUUCAACAACAAUUGAAGUCUCAACAACUGAAGCAACAACUACUGAAGCAACAACAAUUGAAGCAACAAAAACUGAAGCAACAACAGCUGAAGCAACAACAACAACUGAAGAAACAACAACAACUGAAGCAACAACAACUGCAGCAUCACCAACUGAAGCCUCGAUUAUUAUUAUUACUAUCAAUGUUAUUGUAGGAUACACAUUUGGUAGCUAA